AUGACGCAAACGAAAGUUGCAACUGCGGGAUGGCAGCGACUGAGUCGUCGCAUCUUACAGACAAGCUUUAAAACCCAUAUCCUUAUCUCCGCCUUGCUGCGGCUUGCUUUAAUAUGCUACGGACAAAUACACGACAGUCAGUCCGCCGUGCCGUACACGGAUAUAGACUACAAGGUUGUCACGGAUGGAGCUCGACAAGUGCUGGCGGGAGACACGCCUUUUGCAAGGCACACGUACCGAUACAGCCCGAUAAUGGCCUACCUACAGACCCUCAAUAUCCUGCUCCAUCCUGCGUGGGGCAAGCUUUUAUAUGCUACAUUUGAUCUACUCAUCGCCACGCUAAUUUAUCGUCUGGUGCACAUGGAAAUCAAGAGUCAAUACCAAAAGACAGUGCAGCACCUGCUCAGCAAGUUUAACAGGCCGCGAGAGUCCGACCAAUCCCUGGAUGCUCUGGAUGCAAGAAGUCAUCCGGAGAACUUAGCCCGCGCAUCCGCUUGCUUUUGGCUAUACAAUCCAUUAACGGCUGUAAUAUCCACCCGUGGCAGUGGCGACUGCUUCUCCAGCUUUUUUGUGAUUCUUACCAUUUACCUGCUGUUAAAAUCAGAGCACAACGCAGCUCGGAGUAGCUGGCUAAUAUUUGGAGCAGGAUUAUCCCACGGGUUGGUGAUCCACCUCCGUUUGUAUCCGUUAUUGUUUAGCUUGGCUUACUACUUAUCGCUGUCAACGCGACUAAUUCAAACUCCCCUUGAUUUCCUGUGCCAAAUCCUGCGUCCCAACAAACAACAGAUGUGCCUGAUAAUCGGAACACUUGUCAGUCUGGUAGCCUUCACCUGGACCUUUUACUCAAUGUAUGGUUGGGAGUACAUUUACGAGGCCUAUCUGUACCACUUUGUACGCAAGGACCCGCGCCACAACUUUUCGCUGCAGUUUCUGCUACAGUAUCUGGGCAGCGCGUCGAGUGUGCCCGAACCAUCCGCUAUCCUGAAGUCCCUGGUCCUGGCUCCUCAGUCUCUGCUUAUCCUGUACCUAAGUCUAAGCUUCGGCCAGUUUCGGCAGACGCUUCCGUUCUGCAUCUUUGCCGUGGCGUUUGUCAUCGUCACCUACAACUCUGUGGUAACCUCGCAGUACUUCAUCUGGUACCUGGCUAUCUUACCACUCUGUUUGAACAAUUUCAAGCGGCUUUCGUGGCGAAAGUGCUUCAGUCUCCUGUUUCUUUGGCUGCUUGCCCAAGCGCUGUGGCUGCUGCCCGCCUAUUUGCUGGAGUUCCGGACGUGGAACACCUUUUACUGGAUAGGACUGCAAGGAGCCGUGUUUUUCGCCACCAACGGCUACAUUCUGGAGCAACUGUUGAGUCACUAUGGGUUCACCCAAUUUAAGAUAAGCUACAGAAAGUUACUGUAAUCAAACAAUCGAGCAUGCUUUAAGUAUGCCCAAAAAAUCGAUUUAAUACAAAAAUUAAAAGAUAUCACAAUUUA